CUUCUCGGUCAGCGAACGACGUGUUGUCUUUAAAGGCGCUGUCCCGCGACGAGUGCCGGUUUUCACACGCGCGUGUUCCGUACGCACACACGCCAUGGGCUCGGGACAGACUCCGAGGCCCGCCUUGUGUGCGCUUCUUCUCUGCAGCUUCCUGGCGCCGGGGUUCGCGAGGCUGCACAGGACGCCACAACAGCUGCAGGAACGCCAUGGGCGAGCGGCAACGUGUCCCAGUGAGUCCGAACAAUGCCCUACUCUUGGCCUCCUCCCGACAGACUUCAAAUCCGUUGUCUGCGCCUCUCGGAAUUCAGUUCUUGUCGUGGCUGUGGGAUACCCGGACUACCUACAAGUUACAGAGCCCGCGCGGAUUCCGCCACAAGGAGCGCCGGCCGUGACCGUCAAUCGCAACAUGGCGGAUGGAGCGGUUUCGAUUCAAGUUUCUGACUCUGGAAUCAACGAUGAAGUGUCCGGAAAAUUAAACACCGAAGGAAGCUGUAAGACUUUCAAGGCCAAGCUUCUGUACGACAUCAGCCCCGGUGGCCUUCCGAGGCACCUGCACAACAUGACAGAACUGCUGGUGUCCAAGGAAUGCGACACCCAUGGUGUCUUUUCGGUGCCGGCGUAUGCGGUCGUGGUUGCUGGGCGUCGUCUCAACGAAGACCUCAGUGCCCUCGGCCUAGGUGAAGGGUACUCGCUGUUCCUGCUGCCGGACGGUCACACCACCGUUCCUGCGUGCACCGAGUCCAGACCCCUCCUGAACCAACCCGAGGUCGUCUUGCCCUCGGAGCCCGAACCACGGGACACUCUGGUCGACUGCAAGCUGGGAGAUGUCCCCGGUGUACCACACCAGUGUCCGCUCUGCGCUUCCAAAAUGACCCGUCAGCUGCAGGAGGACAUCUGCACAGCCUCCACGGCACUCGUCGUCAAGAGGAAUGUCGAACGUAUUUCCGCGGAUCUCGAAACGCCUCUGGAUAUGCCAAUCCUCCAGUUGUCCAAGACUUUGAUAUCCAGAAAGUACAACCAAAUCGACAUCCAGAUUCAGAAAAGGCAUCUCCCAUCGUCGAUGUUGAAUGAGACAGGACAAGCCAAGUGCACCAAGGGAAGCCUGACCAUCCUGGAUGACGUCACUCCGGGCGGUAUCAACACCGAAGCCAAUCGCAUCAACUUUGAACUUUCCCAGGGGUGUUCCUGCGACUUCUUGGGGCAAGGUACCGGCUACGCCGUCUUGCUCAGCGACAAGUCCGUGUCAGACAUUGGGCGCUCUGUGCAGCUGGACAACACUUUCAAACUCGUUUCGCUAGACAGUGGCCUCACCAAUCUGAGCGCUUGCUCAGAUCAUGACGUCAUGAUGUCCGAUGGCCAUGCCGCGAGCUACGGCGAAGAAGAUGUCGGGUGCUCGGCCCCGCCCACGACGUGCCCUCGAUGUCACAACACCCUGGUUCCCGAACUCUACCCUCUCAUCUGCGACGCCCCGACAUUGGUCAGAGUGCUCUCUAUGAACCCGGCACACAGAGAUGACACCGGAACGUUCUGCGGGAAAGCACGCGUCAUCCAAGCUCACAGAGGAAACGUGGACGACUAUGCGAAAACAAUUUCUUACUCUCUCUUGGACAGCUGCAACUGCGACUACGUCACAAAGCCGUCCAGACAGUACUACGCGUUCAUCAGCGGUCCCAGGCCAUCCCAAGGAUUGACGCUCAAGCACCUGGUCAUGACAGACCAGGUUCACAUGGUCGCGUACAGCUACCGCAACGCUAGGCUACUGGACGACGCCCUGAAGAUUUGCCAGACCCCAAAGGCUGAGAAAAGAAACGACGGCUUUGGAUACGUUGGCGACCAGGCAUACCAACAGCCCCAAGGACACGCUGCCGGUUAUGGCGGGGCGUCUUCUUCCCUGUAUGCUUCUGGUUCCGGCCACGGCACAUCAGGUGGUGCCUCGUACCCCUCCGGCCACUCUCAACCAAAACCCGCCGGUUACAGCCACGUUCAGUCGCCCGGAGGAUAUGGCGCAGCCUACGAUCAGUCAUCAGCGGCAGCACAACCGUCAGCUUACGGCCCUGGUGCAACUUAUGCUCCCGCUCGUGCCCCUAGCUAUGGUGCUACCUAUGCUCCCGCGCAUGCCUCUAGCUAUGGUGCAACCCCAGCAUCGGCUUAUGGUAGUCAGAGCGCCCCCUACGGACACGCACAGUCUUCAGGGUAUGAUGCAUCUUACAAGGCUGCUGCCUCACCUGUAAGUUACGGUUCUCCUCCUGGUUACGGCUCCGCCUAUGCGCCAAGUCAUUCUUCCGGUCAUGCAGCGAGUUACACAUCGGCCCCUUCUUACAGUUACAGUUCUGGAGCUCCUUUGGGUUACGGGGCCAGUUCUGGUUAUGGUACCGCGUCCGCGCCAAGCUACGGUUCCUCAGCUACUCCUUCUUACGCCGCCGCGACAACCUCUAGUUAUGCUAGUGCUGCGCCAGCCCUAAGUUAUGGCCAUCCUGACUCCUCUGGGUAUGGACCUAGUUAUGCUUCUGGUCACGGGUCCGCCGGCCCCACCUAUGCUGCCGCUCCGUCUCCAGGAUACAGCGCCGCUGGUGCUGCUUACGCUGUCACUUCAGCUCCUGGAUACGGCUCUUCUGGCUCAGCUUAUGGUCCUGCUCCUGCUCAUGGCUACAACUCCGCCGGUGGAGCUUACGCUCCAGCUCCAUCAUCCAAACAAGGCUAUGCUGGUGCCACUUACAAUUCUGCUCAAGCUCCCGGUUAUGCCUCCUCUGGAGUUGCCUAUGCUGCCGCUCCGGGUCCUGCGUAUGGUGCCUCUGGUCCCGUUUACGCUGCAGGUGCAGCACCUGGGCAUGGCGCAGCUCCUUCCAGCUACGCAGGAGCACCGGCUCGUAAUUAUGGACAUGGUGGAUCGGCUUCUGGUUAUGGCGCUGGAUACCAUACAGCUCCCAGCUAUGGUUCUUCCCCUUCUUCAAACUACCCUGUUUCUGGAAGUUAUAACAACAACGCUGAUAAAUAUCCCUCCCAACCUCAAGCGUAUGGUGGUGGUCCACGGGGCGGCUACAGGGCACAAGGUAACUACGCGCAAAAUGGCGGAGGGUACGCCUCUUCGGGUGCGUCUUACGGAGCCUCCUAUGCCACCGACACAACAUACGCGCCGUCAUAUGGCAUGUCCGACUACGAGUCUUUGUAUCCCAGCGAAGAAGAUUAUGCUCCCGUCAUAUCCUACAUGCCAACGUAUGCCCCACUUGACGAGUAUAGCGCUCAAACCGCUGCGAAUGCCGCUUACGCCGCCCCAUCAUAUAACGCAGGAUAUGGAGCAACUUACCAUCAACAAGGAGCUUCAGGAUCCUAUGCUCCCCCCGUAUAUGCACCCCAGUCUUAUCCAUCCGGUAAUGCCCCGCAAGUUCACGUAACAUACAGUGUUUCUUACUCCCCCGGAUCGGCAUCGCAUGGCCCUCCAGCCUAUGCAGCUCCCGGCUAUAAAAAUCCUGUGACAGCGGCUGGUUACCCUGCGCCCGCUUCGUAUGUCCCUUCAAUGGGACACUAUGGAGGUGCUGCAGCGCCCUCCAGUGCAUCCUACAAUUCACCAAGUAGAGACUACAACAACGCAGCAGCUUCGUCCGGCGAUUACUCGCAAGUCCAGCACAGUUCAUCAGGAGCUUCAUACGCUCCAGUCGCAUAUCAGCCGCAUGCUAGAGGCUACGAAACUGGAACAGUUCCCUCAAGUGCUUACUAUGCCCCCGCUCCGUACAGUGGGUCAGGUGCAAGCUACAAAGCAGGCGCGGCUCCCGUAGCUGCUCACUACGCCCCCGCCUUCCGUGGUUCCUCAGCUGGAAACUAUGGCGCUGGUGCAGCCCCGUCCAGUGCCUUCUACGGUUCUUCAGCCGGAAGCUACGGAGCUGGCGCAGCUCAACAUGGUGCUCCCUACAGUUCUUCCGCAAGAGGUUAUGGAGCUGCCGCGGCACCGUCCAGUGCCUCCUAUGCUCCGGCCUCCUACGCUCCUCCCUCCUAUGGUUCUGCUACUGCAGGUUAUGGAGCUGGUGUAAACCCGUCUAGUGUACCUUAUGCUCCUGCCCCCUACAGUGCAAAACCUGGAAGCUACGGAGCCGGUGCCAGUCCGUCUAGUGCCUCUUAUGUUCCAGCCUCUUACGGUCCUUCAGUCGGAAAUUACAAGGCUGGUGCUGCUCCGUCUAGUGCAUCCUACGGUCCUUCAGCCGGAACCUACGGAGCUCCUGGAACCCCGCCUGUUAGCUCUUAUGCCCCUGCUUCCUACAAUUCUGGAUCUGGAAGCUACAGGGCUGGUGCAGCUCCCUCUAGUGCUUCUUAUGUCACACCCUCUUACGGUCCUUCAGCUGGAAGCUACGGAACUGGUUCAGCCCCAUCCGGUGCCUCUUAUGCUCCCGCCUCCUACAGUUCUGGAGCUGUAAGCUACGGAGCCGGUGCUGCUUCGUCCGCUACUUCAUACGGUUCUUCAGCCGGAAGCUACGGAGCAGGUGUAACUCCGUCUAGUGCAUCUUAUGCACCUGCCUCCUACACUUCUGGAGCUGGAAACUACGGAGCCGGCCCUGCCCCGCCCAGCGCCGCUUAUGGUCCUUCAGCCGGAAUCUACGGGGCUGGUGCAGCCCCGUCGAGUGUCUCUUAUGCCCCUGCAUUAUAUGAUUCUGGAGCAGGAAGCUAUGGGGCUGGUGCUGCUCCUACUGGUGCCGCCUACCCACCAUCCUCUUACACACCUUCAACCGAAAGCUAUGGAUCUGGUGCAAGUCCGUCUGGUGCCUCCUAUGGACCUGCCUCUUACAGUUCUGAAGCAGGAGGCUACGGCUAUGGUGCAACUCCGUCCAGUGCCUCGUAUGCCCCGUCCGCUUAUGGUUCUUCAUCGGGAAGCUAUGCAACUGCUGCCCCUUCGUCUGGUGCAUCUUAUGCCCCUACUUCCUACAAUUCUGGUUCUGGAACCUACCGAGCCGGUUCAGCUCAAUCCAGGGAUCACUACGCUGCGGCGACUCGCCCAUCGGUACAAAGUUCAGAUAAUUAUUUCUACUCUGGGGCUGGUGCUUCUUAUAAGCCCCCGUCUUCUAACGCAUACAACAGCGGUUCGUCUUCAAAAUCAUACAGUUCAACACCAGCCUCGAGUGCUGGAGCCUACUCUACCUCCUCCUACGGCGUGGCUCCAUCGUACCGUUCUCCUGCAACCACAAGCUCAGACAAUUCGCACAAAGAAGAAUCAUACACGACAUCCCAGGCACCUGUAUCCUAUAAAAGUUCUGACACACAGUCAGUGAAACUUUCUCCAACGUACGAAGCGCCGCAUCUAUCGUCUCUUCAUAAUGGAGCGACAGCGUACGGCGUAUCGCAGCCGCCUUACGAAUCUUCACACGUAUCUUACGCACCACCGUCAUACGCGCAGCCGGUGCAUAGCCAACCGUCUUACGUCGCUUCGUAUGCUCCCCCAGCUUACGCUGCUCCGUCGUAUGCCCCUGCAGGGUAUGAGGUGCCGUCUUAUGCUCCGCCGCUUUAUGGACAGCCUUCCAACGGGCCAUCUCACGCUGCACCACCUAAAGGUCAUUCAUCUUACGAUGUGUCAUAUGCUCCUCCCGCGUACGCCACACCGUCUUACGCUCCACCGCAGUACGCCCAACCAUCCUACAGCCCACCACCUUACGAGUCGUCAUAUGCUCCUCCGGCUUAUGCCUCACCAACGUAUGCUCCGCCGGCUUAUGCCUCACCAACGUAUGCCCCGCCGGCUUAUGCCUCGCCAACGUAUGCCCCGCCGGCUUACACCGCACCAUCGUAUGCCCCGCCAUCUCAUGCCGCACCGUCGUACGCUCCACCAGCUUAUGCCCCACCCCACUAUGCCGCACCGUCCUACGUUCAGCCAUCUUACAGUCAUCAGGCUUAUGACUCGUCGUACGCACCUCCGGCCUAUGCUCCACCAUCAUACGGCCAGCUGACAUAUGCCUCGUACGCUCCUCCAGCUUACGCCAUGCCCUCGUAUGCUCCACCGUCCUACGCUCAGCAUUCCUACAGUCAACCACAAUACAACCCAACGUACGCCCCACCGUAUGCUGCACCCGCUGUGCCCUCUUACCACCAACCAUACAGUCCGCCAUUGUAUGGUGCGUCAUACCCACAAGGAUCCCAGUCGUACGGUAGUCCCUCCAACAGCCAACCACCACACAAUUCGGCAUACUCCCAGCCAGCGCACGCCCCAGCAUCUUACAACCAACCUGCUUACGGAGGAUCGUACGCUCCGCCCGCCUACGCCGCGCCGUCUUAUUAUCAACCAAACUACAACUAUGCCCCUGCACCAACUUACGAAUCGUCGUACGCACCGCCGUCGUACGCAGCGUCCUCUAACUACGCGUCGGCGCACCAAGGAAGCGUAUCGCACGCACCUCCGCAGUACAAUGCCGCACCGGUGUACAACCCGCCCGACGCAAACUACGGGGCCCCGGCCGCGCCAGUUUAUGGUGCCGCCCCUCAGAGACCCCAGUACGGAAGUCAUGGAAAGCCAAAGGGCGGAUACGGUCAAGCCCCAUACGGCAAGCCUCCGAUGCAAGCGGUAGCCGUGAGCUACACUAUGCCCGCGCUUCAUCCAUCAGAAUACCAGGCGCCCAUCGCCGUAGGCGGAGGCUUCUACGGCCAUCUCAAACAGGGACACGUCAAGGCUGCUCCCGUGGCCCACGUCAACUCCGCGCCAUCUUACGGUGCGACAUCCGCUCCUAAUUACGGCGCGCCGGCGUCGUCCGGUACCAGUUAUGGAGGUUCGCACGCACCUCCCGCUGGAGCUCCAUCCUAUGGUGCAGCGCCCAGCUACGGCAAUGCAGGAUCUCUUUCUGGCUCAUUGUCUGGCGCGUACUCACCGGCGCCCUCCAGUGGUGGAAACUACGGCAGCGCCGCUUCGCCCUUUUCAGGAACAUCAUAUAGCGGUGCCGGAGGUUCCAAUUACGGAUCAUCGGCUCCGUCCUACAACAGCGCAAGUAGCGGCAGCUCCACCGCAACCAAGACGCAGACAGUAGCGAGUGCGGCGUACACCACAGCGUCGUACGGGGUAACCGCGCCCUCCAGUUCAGCUUCCUACAACACGCCUACCGACUACAGUGGUCCCGGUACUCCAUCCAGCUAUUCGGGACACGCAACGUCGGCAGCUCCGGCGAGCAGCCCUUCAAAGUAUUCGACUACGACGUCGCCAGUCAGCUACUCUCAGCCGUCGUCGCCAACGUACGCAGCCCCCAGCUCUCCUUCUUCGAGCUAUGGAGCAGCCGGGAGCCACGGAUCGAGCUACACAACGACUAACUACGGCGCACCGAGUUACGCACCAGCGAGCCACGCAGAGCCCUCCUACCCAGGCCAGAGUUACUCGGCGCCAAGUUACUCCCCUCCGACUUCAUCCGCUUCGGCCUAUGCACCAGGUACACAGGCUGGAGGCAGUUACUCUGCGCCGAUCUAUGCCGCGCCGAGUUACUCGCCACCACACCAGGCAGCACCGAGCCAUGCUGGCUACUCUGCUCCACCAGGUUACCCCAAUUCAGUAACCAACGCAGCACCAAGUUAUUCCGGAGCAAACUACGCUCCACAUGCUGAGGCUUCCGGUAGCUACGCAGCACCCACCAACUCUGCCCCGAGCUAUUCCGCUCCCAGCUACUCCGCCCCAGCUCCCUCCCUGGUGACAUAUGCCGCUCCAAGUUACCACGCACCAUCUGAGGCAAAACCGAACUCCGCUCCGACUACCGCACCGGCGACCUAUGCCGCAUCGAGUUACUCGGCACCAAGUUACUCUCCGGCAGCACAGUACUCCGCCCCAACUUUGACACCGGUGACCUACGCAGCACCCAGUUACUCUGCACCAACUUACUCGGCACCGAGUUACUCGGGAUCAAGUUACUCUCCGGCAGAACAGUAUUCCGCUCCAACGUCCGCACCGGCAACCUACUCUGCACCGAGUUACUCCGCCUCAAGUUACUCUCAGCCUGAGCAAUACUCCGCGCAAGCCGCUACGGAGGCUAACUAUGGGCCGCAGGGUCACCCCUCGACUGGUAACGCGGCGCCCAGUUACUCGGCGCCAGCCUACUCUGCACCAAGUUACUCCACAGCUAGUUACCCCCAGUCAGCCCCUGCAGAAGCAAGCUAUGCGCCGGCAUCUCAGUACGUUGAUUCUCCUUACGGCAGGGAGAGACAGUCUUCCAGUUACGCUUCCCCCGCCGGGAAUGGUCCCUACAGCGGACGUGCGGCUUCGUAUCAUGAGCCGCAGCAUUACGAAGCAGUGACUCAGGAUAACUACAAACCGAGCUGCCCACCGGCACCCAAGACUUGUCCUGUCUGCGUUCGCGGCCCAUCCAAGAACCUUCUCGAGAACGUCUGUGGCUACGACCUCAUUGUGGAAGGAGAGGUGAACUACCCACCGCAGCCAAGCAGAGAGUACGGAGGACUUUGCUCCGAGAUGUGCAUUGGAGACGCGCUUCGAGGCCGCAGCAAGAAUAUCCUGGACAAGAUCCGGUUUUCUCUCAACAAGUACUGCCCCUGCCAUGCGACUGCUUUCAGUUUCAACAAGGUGAUCGUGCUCACCAAUCGGCACAGCUGGCAGACGCACGGUGGCUACCACAGCCAACUCCAGCUGGACCACAGUACCUUGGUGCUCGACCACAACGUCGAAAACCUCAAGGUGCUCAAGGCGGCCCUGGCACGUUGUCCCGACCUGCGGUACCUGCACGGGCCAUACGGCGACGAGGCCUACAACGGUCCCGCAGGAUGUCCCGACGCGUUCGACGAAUCCUGUCCUGACUGUCCGAAGGCCUUUGUUACCGAGGACGUGACCCGGGACCUCUGCUCGUCUGACUACGCUUCUAUCGUCGCCAUUGGUUUGGACGACACGCAGAUGGCCGAGCACAAAAAUGGCCAAUUCAUCUGGAAGCGACCAUACCUUCCAGAGGUCCAGAUCAACGAGGAAGCCGGCUUUGGCAAGAAUGUGAGCGUGGCCAUCAAAGUCAACGCGACACCCAGCCGAAACAACGAAAGUUCAGCCGACACUGAAGCGGACAGCCACCACGAUUCCUGCCUCACGUACACUGUCAAGUCCUUGUACAAUGUAAGCCGCGGAAUGAAUCCCGUUCAGGACGCCUUCGACCAGCAGCUUUUCCUGAACAAGCCGUGUGGCUGCAACCAGCUCAAAAGCCAGCUGCCGUCAUAUGGUCUCCUGGUUGUGGACAAGCAGUCCAGGCUUUCCAGUGGAGUUCUCCAGCUCGGCACGGGCGUCAAACUGUACCCGCUGCCUUCCGGGGUCUACAAACUGCCAUCCUGUCGCUCCGGUGACUUCCAAGAGGAGCUCCCACAGGAAGCCGAGGUGACAGACGGCCUCAUCGAGCAGCUGCCUCCUGCGGAGUUGGACAUAGACGAAGAGAUAACCGAGGAGGACAAGACGGACGUGGCGCCGUGUCCCGAACAGACGCACGAGUCGUGCCCCGCAUGCCUGGACGCCACCGAGGACGCUGACGUUGUUAGCCAGUACUGCAAUUCAGACUAUGCUGCCGUUGUGAGCAUUGCCGACGACGUCUUCUCGUCCACGCCCUACUCAGUCAACCAACCUUGGUGGUCCCCCAAGAUCAACGUGUCAAAGGUUUCACACCAGUCUGAAAAUCAAGUCAUCAUUAGCAUUCGGGCGAAGGCAAGGUACCAGUUCCCUCAGUCGGACCGUACACCUGGAGACCCAACGAAUCCCCGUAUGUGCCGCUCCGGAAGACUGCACGUGAAGGAAGAGCUGAUGGGAGCUCGAGGUGAAGUCGGUCCCUUCAGCUUCACCGUGCUAAGCUCCUGCCACUGCAAGUUCCUGGACGAACCCACCCAGUUUGCGGUCCUGGUGUCCAAGUCGGUGCCCAAGGCCGGUUCUGUACACCUCGACGAAGAGAAGACGCUCAUCUCGCUUCCUCUGGGCAAGACGGAGUUCCCCAAGUGCGUCCGCCCUCAGAAGAAGGCCGCGUCCUCCUGGAGGCUCUGGGGCUGAGUCAUUAUGUGCACUCUUGUUUUGUUUUCGUCGUUUUAUACUUCGAAAUGUUUUUGGUAAUACACACAGUUGAACUGUCAUGGCAUCUUCGCAUGAUCCAAUUAAAAGAAGCACAAGGCGCAGUUUGAAA